UCUGGAAGAAGUGUUCCUGUAUGAACCCCACGCGAGUUGCUCAAGUGUUGGAUUGCGCGUGAAACUUCCAGUUUCGGGUGAAAUAAAAACGAUGCACUCCCAUAUAAAGUUCACGGUGCGCCUGAAGCACUGGCCGCUGCGGAGGGAGCUGUGGAGUCACUGGGCUGCAAAGCAACAAGCAGCUGGACACAGUGCGUCCGCAAACCCGAGGACGGGGAGCGGGGCGCACAGCUGCAGGUUUUACGCGUCAGAUUGCGCGUACAGCCGAGCUUUCUCCGCCGCCAGGGACAAACCGGACACGUUCUGGGCCGAGAUGGGACGGGACAUAAGCUGGUUCGAACCGUGGAGGAAAACUCUGCACGUUGAGGACCCUGUGUUCCCGAACUGGUUUGUUGGAGGAAAGUUGAACAUGUGCUUCAACGCGGUGGACCGUCAUGUCGAAAGCGGUCGAGGAGAGCAGCCUGCCAUCAUUUAUGACAGCCCGGUGACCGGAACUAAAAUGAUCAUCACUUUCAGGGAACUUCAGGACCAGGUGUCCAGGUUAGCAGGAGUCCUUGUGAAGAACGGGGUGAGGAAAGGAGACGUGGUGGUCAUCUACAUGCCCAUGGUGCCCCAGGCCAUGUUCACCAUGCUGGCCUGUGCACGGAUCGGUGCGCCUCACAGCCUCAUCUUUGGUGGCUUUGCCUCCAAAGAACUUUCGGUCCGCAUCGAUCAUGCCAAGCCUAAGCUGCUGGUUACAGCCUCAUUCGGCAUCGAGCCAGGCAGGAGAGUGGAGUACAUCCCGCUGGUGCAGAAGGCUUUGGAGAUGAGCUCUCACAGACCCUCCAAAGUCCUCAUCUACAACAGACCCAACAUGGAGACUGCGUCAGUGAGCCCAGACCUGAAUCUGGACUGGGACGAGGAGAUGGCCACUGCUCGACCACAUGACUGUGUUCCUUUGCCCUCCAGCCAUCCUCUGUACGUUCUCUACACAUCUGGGACCACCGGGACACCAAAGGGUGUUGUUCGGGACACCGCAGGCUACGCUGUCAUGCUGAAAUGGACCAUGUCGAACAUUUAUGGCCUCAGUCCUGGAGAUGUUUGGUGGGCAGCGUCAGAUCUGGGCUGGGUGGUCGGACAUUCCUACAUCUGCUACGGGCCUUUGCUCCAUGGCAACAGCACAAUUCUUUAUGAGGGAAAGCCUGUAGGGACUCCAGACCCGGGGGCAUUCUUCCGCGUCCUGUCCGAACAUGGAGCCACCUCCAUGUUCACAGCACCCACUGCCAUCCGGGCCAUUCGGCAGCAGGACCCACACGCUGCAGUCGGCAAAAAAUACUCUCUGUCCAGGUUCCGAAUGUUGUUCGUGGCAGGAGAGCGAUGCGAUGUGGAGACGCUGGAGUGGGCAAAGAAGAGCUUUAGGGUUCCAGUUUUGGAUCACUGGUGGCAGACUGAAACCGGCUCAGCCAUCAGUGCCUCCUGUAUCGGUUUGGGUAACUCGCUCACGCCACCUGCAGGCCAGGCAGGAAAACCAGUUCCAGGUUAUAACGUCACAGUGAUCGACGACGACAUGCAGGAGGUGAAACCAAGAACUCUCGGAAAUAUCGUGGUGAGACUACCGUUACCGCCAGGUGCGGCAUCGUCUCUGUGGCAAAACCAGGAUCUGUUCAAGAAGCUCUACUUCACCAAGUUUCCAGGGUAUUAUGACACCAUGGACGCGGGGUUUCUGGAUGAGGGAUUCCUUUACAUCAUGUCUCGGUCUGAUGAUGUCAUCAACGUGGCUGGGCACAGGCUGUCUGCUGGAGCUUUAGAGGAAUCGGUGCUGCUGCACCCUGCAGUGGGAGACUGCGCUGUUGUGGGUCUGGAGGACAAACUGAAGGGUCACGUUCCUUUGGCGCUCUGCGUGCUCAAGAAUGGUGUGGGGAAAACUGAAGAAGAAAUCACGAAGGAGAUGGUCAAGCUUGUGAGAGACACUGUUGGACCAGUGGCUGCCUUUAGGAAUGUACUGUUUGUGCGUGGAUUACCUAAAACACGUUCUGGCAAGAUUCCUCGCUCUUCUUUGGCCGAUCUAAUCAAUGGCAAACCUUACAAGAUCACUCCAACCAUCGAGGACCCGGAGGUGUUCAAAGACAUUGAGAAGCAAGUAGAAAAAGUUCUGGGACGUCAUGCAGCCUGAACCUGGGCGACUUUGACGAGUUUCACAGAAUCUUACUAAGAGAUGUGUUUUCAGUACCUAAUCUCCUUGUUGAUGGCGUCCAGCUGCUCCUGCAGCAUCAUGGCCAGAGUUUGUGCAUCGGAGUGGCCGCUGGGGGAGAG